CGGAAGCUGAGUGGGGAGGGGAGCUUUAAGAAAUGAUUCAAAUUUAAGUGAUUUCUUUUAAAAGACUGAGAGUCUCAGCAGCUCAAACUGGAGAUACAGACAGAGAUAGAAACAUUCAGAGCUUCAGACGCCUGCAGAGAAGAUGGAGAUGAAGAUGAGCUGUGUGUGUUUGGUGCCGGGGCUGGUCCUGCUGAUGACCAUCUCCUCAGAUGGUUGCCCUCAUGGUUUGUGCCAUCCUGAUCUGUGCUGCUUCAACUUCAUCACUUUUAAAAUUCCAGACACAGAAAUACUAGAAGUUGUAAAAACACAUCACUUCUGCCCAAAUCAGGGCUAUAUGUACACAACGUCGAGGGGCAGAUUCUGCAAGAAGGACCUGCAGUCUAGCAGCGGCUUCUACAAAGAGGAAGUCCGAUCGUCCUCUACACAGCAGGAGAAACCCAGACCACCCGAGACUUUCAGGGUUACAACACCUCGAGCUCGUGCCAUCACUCCUUCUGAUCAGUGCUGUUUGAACUUCGUCACUUCUAAAAUUCCAGAGAAAGAGAUCAUCAAAGUUGAAAAAACACCUUCUGACUGUCCAAAGCAGGGCUAUAUGGUUACAACAGUUAAAGGCAAGUUCUGCAAGAAGGAGGACAUCAUGGCGUCCACUACACAGCAGCAGAGUACUGUGUCAACAACUUUGAGUGUUAGAAAAGCUAAAGGCAAGUUGGACAAUGAGGGACGCGUCCUAGCGUCCACUACGCAGCGGCAGAGUAGUGUGUCAACUGUGUCUUACAGUGUUGCAACAUCUAUAGGCAAGUUGGACAAUGAGGAAGACGUCCUAGCGUCCACUACACAGCAGCAGAGUACUGAGUCUACUGUGUCUUACAGUGUUACAACAGCUAGGGACAAGUUGGACAAAGAAGAAGACAUCCUAGCAUCUGCUACACAGCAUAACAGUACACAGCCAUCUGGGUCUUCUAGGGUUGCAGCAGCUAUGAGUGAGUUCUGCCUGCCAUAA